AUGUUCGAAAUGCCACAUCCAAUGCUGUACUAUCUCUUUUUUCUCCUCGUCGAGACGACCUUUGCGUCGUAUCCUGCAAGGGCUCCAUGGGCUGGCCUGGAAACAUACGCGCGGCGAAACUACUUUUACGCCGGCGGGAAGUACAUCAACGCCACGCAGACUCUUGUCAAUCAGACCGCCCAGUAUUUGGUGGGACAGGUCUAUGCUGAGCAGCUCACGCCCUUCGAAUCCAGGUACGAGAUCCCGCUCGUCUUCAUCGCUGGCGCCGGCCAAAGUGCAACCAACUGGUUGAAUACUCCCGACGGUCGUGAAGGCUGGGCAUCGUUCUUUCUUCGCCAUGGCUACACCGUGUAUCUGGUCGACCAAGCUCAGCGUGGAAGGUCACCGUGGCUUCCAGGUGAAGGAGCAAUGCUACAGUUCCCUGUAUCUCAGGUUGAAAAGCAGUUCACUGCUCCGCAAGAUUACCCUUCCUAUCCACAGGCUAUGAAUCACACGCAAUGGCCCGGAACAGGCCUCCAAGGGGAUCCUAUAUUCGACGGCUUCAUGCGAUCGCAACUCCAGGCUCAAACAAACAGCACGAUGCAGUCCGUCUACAACAAUCUCUCCUUCAACGCCCUCCUCGACGACAUCGGACCCGCAAUAGUCAUCCCACACUCAGAAGCCGGCAUGUACGGCUGGCAGCUCGGCGACGCCCGCCCAGACCUCGUGAAAGCCAUCGUCGCCCUCGAGCCCGCCGGCCCUCCCUUUGCAGACUACAGCGGACCCCCUUUCGAACCUGGCUUGGGCAGCAGCUCGGGGAAGCGACCUUUCGGCCUCACGAUGUUGCCUCUGCAAUACAGCCCACCCAUCGGCAGCAAUGCCUCCCUGCUCACGCAACAAAACCACUCCGCACCGAAUCCUAACCUGGCACCUUGCAUUCUACAGAAAAAACCGGCGCGUCGGCUGACGAAUCUUUCGAAGAUCCCGACCCUAUUGCUCACGUCGCAGGCGUCCUACCACGCGGUGUACGACUAUUGUACGGUGUAUUUCCUAAAGCAGGCGGGAGUUGAUGUCGAAUGGAUCCAUUUGCCUGACGUCGGUGUCUAUGGGAAUGGGCAUUUUGUCUUCAUGGAGCGGAAUAAUCUGGAGAUUGCCCAGCUUGUUGAGCCUUGGAUUGCGGAGCAUGCUGCAGGUGUGCGAUGA